AUGCAGCUGAUUGCGUCUUUUGUCGCGCUCACCUCGUUGGCAGUUAGCGCUGUGAGCGCAGCGCCUUUCAGCUCGUUGCUGGCGACGCGAGCGCUCGAGUCGUUCCAGCCUGAAGGACAGAUCGACUCGGUCUGGAGGAUUCACGAGUCGUGCAACGGCACACAGCGUGCUCAGAUCAGCAGCGGAAUCGAUGACAUGAAGAAGCUCGCGCACAACUCGAUCAACCACAUCCUCAACUACCCCAAGGACGAAUUCUUCAUCAAGUACUUUGGCCAGGAUGCCGACCCUGCACCUGUGGUUGGAUACUACGUCGAGCUUGUCUAUGGCAACAAGGGAGAUGCGCUGUUGAGGUGCGAUAACCCGGACGACAACUGCCGCUUGCCCGAAUGGAACGGACACUGGCGUGGCAACAACGCUACUGCCGAGACGGUGAUUUGCGAGCUGUCGUACGUGACGCGUCGUCCUUUGGAGAAGCUUUGCUCGGCUGGCUUCCAGUUGGGUACUGACAACCCGUCGCUGUACUUUGGAGCCGACCUGAUGCACCGUGCGUUCCACGUUCCCGAGUUUGUUCACGAGAAGAUCCACCACUACGCCGACAGCUAUGCCGACGUUCUCGAGCUUGCCGAGCACAACUCGACUGCUGCCGUCCAGAACCAGCACAGCUUGCAGUACUUUGCUCUCGACGUCUACAGCAGGAAGCUCACCAAGUGGGGCUGCAUCGGCGACGUCAAGCAGAGCCACGAUGAUCACGCGCAUGCCAGCUCCUCUUCGGCCGCACCAGCUCCAACUUCUACCCCCGCUGCUACCCCCACCCCCUCGGCUGCCUCGUCCGACUGCCACACCCAUGCCGACGGCUCCAUUCACUGCGGCACCCACUAG